CUCUGGGAUGACGACAUUAGAUUUGCUCUUCAUAUGCACUAACUUACGUCGUGUGGAGCUAAACGUCGGCGCGAAAGGCACAGUGUGAGGGUCAUAAAAGAGUGCCUAUCCUUCAAGUUGCCACAGGAGGGCACAAGAAGUGCUGUACACCUAAAGUCAUCUACCUCCCCUUUCCCUUCAGGUAUAGGUCUCAUCUCAGCCAUCUUCUGAUACAAUGGCCGCUAGUGAUAUUAAAGUGAAGGAGCUGGACAAGCGGGCCUCAGGGCAGGCCUUUGAGGUCAUUCUGCGUGAUCCUGCCCCAGAGGCAAAAGGAGACUUCCCCCUCUCUCCUCAGAAGAAAAAGGAUUGGUCACUGGAGGAAAUCCAGAAGAAACUGGAAGCAGCCGAAGAAAGGCGCAAGUCCCAUGAAGCUGAAUUUCUGAAGCACUUGGCUGAGAAGCGUGAGCAUGAAAAGGAGGUACAGCAGAAAGCUCUGGAGGAGAACAACCACUUCAGCAAGAUGGCGGAGGAGAAACUUAAUCAGAAAAUGGAAGCCACUAAAGAGAAGCGUACAGCAAUAAUGGCAGCCAUGACUGAGAAGUUCAAAGAGAAGGAUAAGAAGCUGGAAGAGGUCCGGAAAAACAAGGAGAACAAAGAGACAGAGAGUUGAUCUGCUGAGUUGAUCUAUUGUUAAAAAAAAAAUAAACCCAAAGAUUUUUUUGCUUCUUUACUGUGUGUUUCCCCCAGAUGGGUGUGAAAAUAAGUGAAUCCUUCCACCUGUACUUUCUGGUGUUUAGCUAUAGUUUGUAUUUGUUUUUUUUUUUUGUUUUUAUACGUGUGACUUUCACUUGUUGGCUCUGAGCUCUGUUAGCUGUUCUCUAAUGCGCUUUUUGAUAUUGGCCGUAGUCUUGGCGUUUUGAAGGAAGCAUGUUGCUGUUAUGCAUUAAGGUCCUCAAUCUGUUAAUGCAGCCUGCACUCUUGAUACGCUUAUUUCAAUCGGUUUGCGCACUUAUGUAGCACAAUGGGUUUUUAAUUUUUUUUUUUUUUAAAUAAAGGGCAGCUAUGGGUUCUCGAUCA